AUGUCUCUCACAGGUAAUCGACUCCUCUGCAAAACACCCACAAGAACACCUUACGCCCAACCCCAUAUACGCCGUCCAUUUCUCAUACCAUCAUCCCCAUCGUGGUCUCAUCACCCAAGAACAUCUUUUACAGUCUCAGCGAAUCCCAAGAAGCUCUCGUCAUCAUCGAAGACUGGAAGAUUUGACAGCAAGAACAGAAGAAGCUCAGUUUCAACUAAGGAACAAGAAGAAGAAGUAUUAGAAAAGCAACGGAUGGAUGAGAUUUCAGUUGAUGAUAUAAGUGGUACUAUCGGAGCCGUUGAUGAUGGAUUUGUAAUGCCAGAGCUUCCCGGAGAAAAGCCUGACUUCUGGGAAGGUCCGCAAUGGGAUGUUCUUGGUUUCGUCCUGCAGUACUUGUGGGCUUUUGGCAUCGUUUUUGCGUUAAUUGCUUGUGGCAUUGCUGUGGCCACAUACAAUGAGGGAGCAACAGAUUUCAAGGACACUCUAGUUUACAAGGAAUCUAUCCAAUCUCGGGAACUUCUAGACGAACCAGACGCAUCUAAUUCAGAUGUUUUUGAAUCCAAUCCGACCGAACAGGCUCCUAGUUUGGACUAA